CAGCAGUACAAUAUUUACGUAUACUUUGUCGGUUGUAACCUUAUUACCCGGUCGGUUUGAGUUGUUUUUGCUCUAUUGUACAAUUAAAUACUUACGUUUUCGAAAAGUUGUAAUUCUGAUCGACGUGUUGCUAGAUAUUUUACUAAGCAAACAAUACAAUAAUAUUGGAUUGUAGAAGAAAACUUCUGUGUAGUGAUUUGAUGAGAGAUAGGUCAAGGUCAAUGAAAAUCUGAAUCGUGAUCAAUUUCACCCCACUGAUCAAUUUCACCCCAUUUUACGGUACACAACGAGAAUGGCCGAUAGACUAAACUAAGGAAAAUUGUGAGGAAACACGUGCUGCAGAGACGCUAUAACGGUCGAAACUUGACGCAGCGACCUUUAUACUUCAAAUUUGAAUCACUAUAACGAUCAUAGUGUUCUGAUAGAUUUGCCAGCCUGCUGCUCUCACAAGUGACAAGUAGUGCUUCGCGGAGCGGAAUUUGCGUGGCACCAGUCACUGUACGAAGCUUGUCUCGAGGAGACUGCUGUCAAAUUCGUUCGGCUACAUAAAUUGGAAUUUCGCGAAAAGUGUGUGCCUUUGAAUGGAAGCGAGUGGAAUUAAUUUCGAUUCGGGUUCCUCGGAACUAAACGCAAAAAUUGCUGAAUGGUUACAAUGGGAUAAAAACGAAAAUACGUCGAACGAAAUAAAAUCGCUUGUUAAGGCACAGGAAUGGAAGGUCCUCAGCGGCAGGUUGCUGAAGCGGCUUGCAUUCGGAACUGCGGGGCUUCGUGGAGUCAUGCAGGCCGGUUUUAAUGCUAUGAACGAUCUGGUGGUAAUACAGUCUGCGCAAGGAUUGUGUCAAUAUAUUUUGGAAUGUUAUCCCUCGGCAGCGGAGCGUCAGCGUGGAAUUGUGCUUGGCUUCGAUGGACGAUACAACAGCAAAAGGUUUGCUGAGCUUAGUGCAUGUGUCUUCCUGACGGCAGGUAUUCCGGUGUGGCUGUACAGCCGGACUGUUGCCACACCGUUCGUACCGUUCGCUGUGCAGGAGCUGAAAGCUGUUGCUGGUAUCAUGGUUACGGCUUCACACAACCCAAAAGAGGACAAUGGUUAUAAAGUGUACUGGACAAACAGUGCUCAGAUUAUUUCACCGCAUGACAAAAACAUUCAAGCGCAUGUUCUGCGCAAUUUAGUACCCUUGGAGUCAUCCUGGAAUCUGGACCUCCUGCGAACGGAUCAGCUGAAGGAUCCGUUUGACGACAUGUACAAACUCUAUUUCACCAAACUGGAAAAUAAUAUUCCGAAAAGCUUCAUUGCGGACUAUAAUUCGACAAGUACGCAGCGGUUUGUGUACACAGCAAUGCAUGGCGUCGGUUUUCCAUUUGUGGAUCGUGGUUUUGAAAUUGCCGGACUCCAGCCUGUAAAGGCGGUCAAGGAACAGCGAGACCCAGAUCCCGAAUUCCCAACCGUAAAGUUUCCCAAUCCUGAAGAAGGAAAAUCUAGUUUGGAGCUAUCUAUAAAGCUGGCCAACGAAACCGGUUGUGAUGUGAUAUUGGCCAAUGACCCGGAUGCUGAUCGGUUAGCAUGUGCCGAAAAAGAUGCUAGUACCGGCGAAUGGCGAGUAUUUACGGGUAAUGAAUUGGGUGCGCUGCUCGGAUGGUGGUCAAUACGUUGUUACCGUGAGCAAUAUCCGGGUGCAAGCUUGAGUGACUGUUUUCUUUUGGCAAGCACAGUUAGCUCUAAAAUGUGUCGGUCAAUAGCGGAUAUUGAAGGGCUGCAAUUCGUGGAAACAUUGACAGGCUUCAAGUGGAUGGGUAACAAAUCAGUGGAGCUGAUGAAUCAGGGCAAAACUGUGCUGUUUGCUUUUGAAGAAGCUAUAGGUUUCAUGUGCACUCCUACCGUACUAGAUAAAGAUGGUGUCAGUGCAGCCUGUCAGCUGGCGACAAUGGUUUGCUAUCUGAAAGUCACCUCCAAUCAAUCUCUCGCAGAUAAACUCAACGAAUUGUACGACAUUUAUGGUUAUCAUUGUACCAUCACGUCGUACCAUUUCUGCUAUGAACCAGUGACGAUUGAACGUAUCUUCAAUCGCAUACGAACGAUGGAUAGUGAUGCUGGUGGUUAUCCGAAAGCGGUGGGCGCCAAUGGAAAGUAUGUCGUACAAUCGGUUCGAGAUCUAACCACUGGUUACGACUCCGCUCAACCCGAUGAAAAAGCGUUACUACCUGCCAGCAAGAGCUCCCAAAUGAUAACGUUCUUUUUCGAAAAUGGUGCGGUGAUUACUCUACGUACUAGUGGAACAGAGCCAAAAAUUAAGUACUACGCCGAGAUGUGUGCUAAGCCGGGUCAGAGAGACUGGAGCGCCGCACGAUCAACGCUUCGCGAUAUGGUAAACUGCAUUGUGGAGGAAUUGCUUGAACCGGCCAAAAACAAUCUGACGCCUCGCUCGGAUUAAAGUGCAGGGUUGAUUUCACAAGCAGUAAAAAAGUUCGUUGCAUUCACACUCGUCGCUACAUCACUUUCACAAUACUAUAUAUUUUGUGCUCUCUGUCCAAAUUCUGCGAAUAGCAAAAUUCGCAGUUGUGCUGCUUUACGUUUAUUCAAUGAAUCUAUCAGUUACCAGCCGAUGGUACAAUAUCUCUAGCGAAGUCAAUACACACAGUGACAAUUCUACUUGACCGACUAUAUUAUCCCACAGCAUGUAUACCUAGUGCUAAUCUACACGAUUGAUCUAACAGUAAGAGUUUCGAAUAUCGUACGCGUAUACCCCAGCUAAAUAGUAAGUUUUUUCUGUAAGCUAGAAAAAGGUAGGCGUUCAAAUAGUUUUUUUGUCUAAGCUAUAUUUUCCCCUAUGAACUACAAUUCUAAUAGUCCUGCUAUAAGAAUGAAAGCAUCACGGUUGAAGUUCUGCUAGGCAACAUCAGAUCGUUCCAGUGAAUUGUUCUUUGUCAGUAACUGUAUUUUAAAUCUUCUACCUUGGUUAUGUUCAAUUAUGUUGCACACAGCGUUUUACUUCGUGCUGCGUUGUGUUGUAGGUUUAUGAUUUUUACGGCUAAUAAGACAACGCGUCUUAAGCUACCAUACAUAUGUUAGUGUAGUAGUAUCGAUGGAUUGAUAUGACAAAUAAAAUGAAAAGUUAUACGACUGAUCGGA